GGAGCAGGAGCAGGUUCCCUCCACGUCUCCACCUCAGUAACUCCUCGCAGUCGCUCGCAGUCGGUUCGCUCGUGUCGACGGGGGUUGUCGUGCGCGCGCGCGCGCGUGUUUCGAGGCACGCGCAUCUCUGUGUGCAUUUGUGCGCGUGUGUGUGUGUGUGUGUGUAUGUGUAUAUGUAUGCGUGUGUCGUGUGCGCGCGUCGUCGUCGCACCACCUACAUGUUUCGGUCGCGUCGUCGACGUCGUCUCGGCUCGCGAGAUCUCGUAAGCGAGUAAACGGCGUCCCGAAGCUCCCGAGGCGGAUCCUGCGGGGGAAACGCGAAAACGAGACGCACGUUCGGCCGCAGGCGACGCCGAAUUCUCCCCCGUCGCUCCGACCCCGGUUACUCCCUCACGUUCAAUAAUGAGGGACAUGGCAGGUAAGAUCGCCGAGUUGAAGUUCGAGGCACCCCUCGCGCGCUUCGAGGAGGAGGACACCGCCAGCCUGAAGAACAUGAACCUCCUGACAGAACAAUUGCUGGACGCCAGUCUGGAUGCGAGUUUCGGCGAGAAUUGCAACGCGAACGAGCCACCUACGACACACGAGAAUGGCACCGACAUCCUUCAGGAAGGAACGUUCAGCCCAUUCAGCGGCAGCCUCGAGGACCUCGUCAAUACCUUCGACGAAAAGAUCACGUCCUGCUUCCGCGAUUACGGCACCGAUGUGGAAUCGCUGGCUCCGGUGCAGGUCCGAACGCAAGAGGAGAUCAUGAACGAGUGCCAGAUGUGGUGGACGAUCACCGGGACUUUUGGGAAUAUAUUACCGAUCGACUGGAGCAAAUCCUAUGCGCGGAAAAUGCACAUGCCCGCUUUGAAUCUGAACGAGGCACCUGCUUCAAGGGAAAGACCCGAACUAGAGGAUUUGAGUAGCGAAGAUGAGGCAGUUGCCACAGAUUUGGACAUGCAUGCUUUAAUCUUAUCCAGCAGUACCGAUACUCACAGCCCGGAAGAGCCACUGAAGACCGCCGAGGAAGUUCUUCGCGAGAUAGAUGACAUAAUGCAGGAAAGUCCAUCAAUGGAAAGAUCACCGGAUUCAGAAGGUUCUUUAUUGGACAGCGACGAGGCUUUGGAAAGAAGUAGAGAAGUACUUGGAUCACCACUUCAUGAGAAGAAAUUAAAGCAACUCUCCUCCAGCCAGUUGACUGAACUUUUUGGAGAAAUGGAAUCCCUGGUUGCAGCCUUGAGCGAAACGCUGAUCGCUGAGCUUGCGCUCAGAGACGAAUUGGAAUACGAAAAGGAACUCAAAAAUCAGUUUAUCUCUUUACUGUUGGCGGUACAAAAUCGACGUAGGCAGCAUCACGUUACAAAGAAAAGAAAUCAAAUGCAAAAUGGUACUAGUCCAUUGCCACAACAUAGGUCUUUGCAAGAGCCAAAGUACUUGACGACCGUUAUUCCAUAUCAUACAGAUAGUGGUCCGCCAGACAAUCAAGCUUUGCAAGUACUUAUCAAAAUAUUAAAGGCCAUUAGCGAAGAUAGCCCAACAGUACCCACCUUGCUAACAGAUUAUAUACUCAAAGUGUUAUGUCCAACUUAAGGCAAAAUGUGAAAAAAAAAAACGAAUGUCAACAGAAUACUAUGUGCUCUCUUCUUCUUGCCAGUACGCUUUCAGCCGUUAUUGUGCCGCAUGUUAUUGCGUAACUAGCUCAUAAGUUGUAUUUCGAUCACACUCGAUUAUUGUAUUGGCUGUAGAAGUAGAUAAGGUCUCCGAUAUUCUAUCUAGUCUUAAUUUAUACAUUACGAUAUGUAUAUUACCUGCUUAAGAUAUCAUAAGUAUAUUUUUAAUAAUUCGCGUAACGUAUUAUAUUUCUUACUCGCGUAAAUUGUCAUUUCGCGUCAUUUUCUUACGCGCGAUUUUCAUAUUUGUAUUGUAUUUGUAUUGUACACAUGACUCAUACCAAUUCAGUUUUGUAUUUUUUCUUGUACAUAUAAGAAUCCCGAGGGAAAGCUUUCUCACGCAGAGUCAUCGCAAAGACAGCACAGAGCUCCUUAUCUAGAAUCUUACAAAUCGCUACUUGUGUAGAUCGAUUUCUAUUUAAGGAAUUCAAAUUAGUGUACAUUGUUGUAAUGCUAGCCAGUAUCUAGAGAUACUUCAUUCACCGAUAUAUCACGCUCAAAGAGUGAAAAUCUUGCAGUGUCGGUCAGUUAAAUCACUUGCUCCCACUAUACGAUAAUGUAAUUGUUCUCACGCAACGCGCAAAUGCUCGGGACACUGUGUUUGUUAAAGUAAAAAAAAAAAAAUAAAAUGAUCAUUGCUC